AUGGAGAACAACGCAACUGACCCAGAGAGAAACAGGCACGAACUGUCAAUAGAUGUCGCGCCGCCGGUCACAAAUGUGCCAGUUCUAUCCGAGGAUGGCGAAGAUCUCAAGGUUCACAGAGCCUUCGAAGAGCUCGCCCACGCGAAACAAGGUCUGAAGCAGCGUCACAUUCAGAUGAUAGCUCUAGCUGGAACCAUUGGCACUGGUCUCUUCUUAGCGACUGGCAAGGCCCUCGCGAACGGAGGGCCACUGGGCAUUCUUCUGUCCUAUGGAAUCGUGGGCAUGCUCAUAUGCGCGGUUGUUUUUUCUGUUGCCGAACUCAGUGCCCUUGUUCCUCUCUCAGGUGGCAUCAUUCGUCACGCAGAGUGGUUCGUCGAUCCGGCAUUGUCCUUCGCGCAAGGUUGGAAUAGCGUCUAUGCAAAUUCCAUUUUGUUGCCAGCUGAAAUGGUUGCAUGUGCAGUUAUUAUAGACUAUUGGUCGCACAUCAACCAUGCAGUUUGGAUUACUGUUCUCGGUGGAGUUUUGAUCUUCGCCAACAUGCUCCUCAUUAGCGUGUAUGGCGAGCUGGAAUUUGUGUUCGCCAUGCUGAAGAUUGCACUCAUCAUUGGCGUCAACAUCAUGGCCAUUUGCAUCACUGCUGGUGCAGGACCUCAUGGCGAACCGAUUGGUUUUCGCUUCUGGAGAGACCCAGGCCCAUUUGUCCAAUACGUUGGUAUUCCAGGCUCUUGGGGUCAAUUUGUUGGCUUUUGGAGAGUUCUCGUCAGCGCGGCAUAUGCCUUCUCCAAUGUUGAAAACAUAUCCGUGGCUGGCGCAGAGACGCAGAACCCUCGGCAAAAUAUUCCCAAGGCUGCCAAGCGAGUGUUUUGGCGCAUCAUGGUGUUUUAUGUGUUAACCAUAUUUUGUAUUGGACUCAUCGUCUCGUCGGCUGAUCCAGCGUUGACUGCACGCUCAGGCGAUGCUGGUGCGUCGCCAUUCGCAAUUGCUGCCACGAACGCUGGCAUCAAAGUCGUACCGUCAAUUAUUAACGCAGUUGUUGUUACAAGCGCAUGGAGCGCAGCUAACUCUGCUAUGCUUGUGGGAACACGAACUCUCUAUGGUCUUGCGCUCGAAGGACAUGCGCCCAAAUUCUUCAAACGUACCAACCGGUUUGGCACUCCGUGGCUUUCUGUAGCUGCAGUCGGCUCUCUCUUGGUGCUGGGAUAUUUAACUCUCUCGUCUGCGGCAUCAGUCGUUUUCGGCUGGCUACAGGAUCUUGUUUCUGCGGCCUCAUUCGUUCACUGGAUCAACAUUGAGAUUGUCUAUCUUCGUUUCUAUUACGGUUGCAAAGCGCAGGGAAUUAGUCGAGAUGAGCUUCCUUGGAAAGGCCCUUUCCAGCCCUACGCGGCGUGGAUUGCCCUGGUAUCAUUUGCUGUUCUCUUGAUCACGGGAGGAUUCUACGUCUUUAUAGACGGCCACUGGAGUGCUCAGAGCUUUGUGUCAGCUUACUUUAACAUUCCCCUCAUUCUUGCUUUGUAUUUUGGGUACAAAUUCUGGCGGAAGACGAAGGUGGUGUCCCUGUACGAUAUGCCUAUCCGGGGAUUCUUGGAUGUUGCGAAUAGGAAUCCGGAGCCGGUUGAGCCACCUGCAAAGGGAUGGAGGAAGCUCAAUAUUUUAUGGGGUUGA